AUGGGCGCGGACGCGGCGAUCAGCGAUCACUUGCUGUACCACGCGGAGACGGAGACGGAUCCGCGAGGCGCGGCGAGCGGAUACGCGACGCUGCGAGAGUGGGCGCAAAAUUCGUUGGAUAUGUACAAGAGUGAACUGUGUAGGGUGCUGUUCCCGAUGUUCGCGCACGUGUUGCUGGAUUUGGUGAAGAAGGGAUACGCGGAGGACGCGCGAGAGUUUUACGCGACGCACCACGCGGACCACAUGCGGCUGUACGGGGAGGAUUUGGCGGCGUUGAGCGCGCUGAGCGAUCCCGAGCACGUGCUCACGGACCCGGUCGCGAGGAAGUUUUUGGAUAACAAGGUGAGCCUGAAAAUGACGCAGUAUUCGUUUGAGUUGCUGGUCAAGUUUUUACACGCGCAAAAUCUCAUCUCGAUGUUGGCGGUGUUGAACGCGCACCUGUGCGUGGAAGUGUUGAAGGGCGAACCGAGUCCGUACGAGGACGAGAAAGAGGGUUCUGUGGUCAUCACCGGACGCGCGCCUGAGGCGCAACGCAAAUUUAACAGCAUCAAGGGCCGAUGGGGAUUAGUGGACUCGUGCUUGGAAAUCGAGAGGGUGAAGCAGUUUAGAAAGGAAUCAAAGGAAAAGGAAAAAGAAGCGGCGGCGAAGGCGCGCGAAGAGGCGAAGAAGUCGAAGAAGCAGAAGAAGGAAGAAGCCGCCGCCGCUGAAGAACGAGACGCCGCGGGUGGGGAUGAGGAGAUGGAGGACGCGCCCGAGAAGAAAACGGAAGCCGAGUAUCCGGUGGCCAUGCUCGAAGAUCCGCCGAACGUGAUCAAAGGCAAGGUACCGGUGCCACAGCUCGAUUACGACGCAUUCGAAGAGGCUUUGGAGGAUUUGCGGUGGCGAAUAAGGCUUUCGAAGGAUGUCCUACCCACGGUGGCGUUCUUCACAUUCACGCACGCGCACGGAUUGUUAAUCUGCGCCGACGCCACGGGCGACGUCAAGCACGUGGCUGGUGGCUUUUCGGACUCUGUCGUGCGCGUUUGGCAUUUAGAAGAAGAAGAUGAAGACGACAAGGACAAAGAGAUUCCGGUUGAUCGCGACGCAAAGACGCCGCGAUCGAUUCCGAUGACUGAGUUCGUCGGCCACAGCGCGCCCGUGCAACAAGUCGCGUUUAGCCCGUGUGGAAAGUUUUUGUUAUCGGUGUCGCGAGACUGCCACGUGCGCGUGUGGAGCAUGGAGCUGAAGAUAUGUCUGUGCGCGUACGAAGGUCACCUGCAUCCGAUUUGGGACGUGCAGUGGAGUCCCUUCGGGCACUACUUCGCCACCGCGUGUCACGACCGCGUGGCGCGCGUGUACGCGAUGGACGCGCCUUUCCCGCGUCGUAUGUUCGUGGGUCAUCUUUCGAACGUCGAUUGCGUGGCGUGGCAUCCGAACUGUAAUUACGUCGCCACCGGCUCCGCCGAUCGCACCGUGCGUCUGUGGGACAUGUUCGAUGGCGAAUGCGUUCGCGUUUUCGCCGGUCACGCCGCUGGUGUGCGCGCCAUAGUAUUCGCGCCCGACGGUCGAACCAUCGCCAGCGCCUCGGAUGACGGUCGCAUUUGCAUGUGGGAUCUCAGGCGCGCCUCGUGCGUGAUCUCGUACAAAGGUCACGUUGGUCCGGUGUAUUCCAUGGACUUUGCCGGCGGCGGCAAUUUACUCGUCUCCGGUGGUGCGGACGACACCGUGCGCGUCUGGGACGCAACCGUCCCCGCCGACGAGGUAGAAAAGCUAAAAGAAACGUUCCCGACCAAGAACACCCCGGUGUUCCGCGUCAAGUUUUCAAGGCGUAACUUGUGCUUAGCCAUGGGCGCCCGCAGAUCGACCAAGGAAUAA